UUACAUAAGCUGGUAACACUGUUAUUUGCUGGAGAAGAAAAUUGUGAAUAAAACCGAAACUAAGGCAUAGGAAAUUAUGUCACAACGCAAUCACCGAGUAGACCGCUUUGCCCAGAUGACAAAGCAGGAGGAGAUCAUAGCCAAGAAGCGGCAGGAGAUCCUCGAGAAGCAGAAGACGGCCCAGCUGGCCAAGGCGGUAGCUGCGGCGCAAAACUUGGCCGCGCAACUGAAAACCAAUGAGGAGGAGGAGGAAGAGGAUUCACACCAGCAGGACAUCGCUGUUCAGGACACAUCCCCAGCCACUGCUGAAGAGGCCAAUGGCCUGGAGGUGGGCCAGAUCGAGGCCACGGCUGGCAAGGGAAAGUCGGAGGACGCGGUGACCCCCAAAACGCUGAACAGCUUUACCGGCAAGACGGGCAAGAUCACAUUUGGCCAGAAGCGCCAGCAGCUGCCACAGCCCAGUGUAGAACAGCCGCCUCCAAAGGUUAAAAACACUUUCUGUAACGACGGUUCCUUCCUGGAGAACUUCAAGAAAAUACUCGAAAAGCACGAGAAGCCCCCCCAGCCUUUACUCGUUCCACCAGUUCCAGUGCCCAGUGCCGAGGAGAACAAUCUCCUGGAGACGGAGAAUGCCGAGAACAGCGGUUCCCAACUGGAAACGGCCAUUGCCAUUAGCUCGGCGGCAGCCAUGGCCACCUCCAUUACGGUGACUAGUUCGGCGCCAACUCACUUGGCUUUUGGACUGCCCGUGCAAGCAGUGCAGCCACCGCCGCCUCCACCUUUCGCUUUCAACCCAACGCUUUUGCAGCAGGGACCGCCGCAAAUGCAGCUGCCAGCUGCCUUCUUCCACGGCCACCUGCCACUGCAUCUGCAUCCGGCGGCAGUUGCUCCUCCACCACCGCCGCCGCCUCCACAGCUGCCCAUCGCACUGGCCAACAUGGGACAGAUUUACAUGCAGCUUGGACCGACUCCUGUGGAGGCCAUGCAGCUGAAUGCCAUACCGGCACCUAAGGAGUUCGACUUGAAUGCCAUACCUAAGCCGCAGAUAAACCUGGAGGCUAUACAGAUGCCCACUAUCGGCGGGCAUUCAACGGAGCAGCUUGGGCUGCUGUCGGAACACAUGGCCAUGUCCGUUAAUCCUCACCCACCGCCGCCGCCGCCGCCUGUGCUGGAGGAGCUGGAACAGCAGCAGCCACAUUCUCAGCCUGCAGUUGCCCCGCCCCAAGUUUUUUCAGAAACGUGCAUACAAUUGCCAACGUGCUUAGAAAACCUAAUCGCACUGGUCGCGGAAAACGGUGAAGAUUAUGAAGAUAAAAUACGUUUGCAUAGAAGCGAGUUGCAUCCGGCCUUGUGGUUUCUUUAUGAUAAGAGCUGCGAGCAGUAUCGAAGCUAUCGCUCCCAACUCCUUGACUACGAGCGACAAAGGGCUGAGCGGCAACGGGAGCGGGAGCAUCAGCAGCUAAGCCGGGACCAGCAGCCGCAGCCCAAGGAGCAGGAGCUGCAGCCACACCAAGAGGAGCAGCACAGCAACUCGGCGGCCGACAAGUACGACCCGGAGUCGGCCAUCAGUGCGGACUUCGACUCGGACGAUGAGUACAUGCGGGGCAUGAUGGACCGCAACCGGGACAACAUCAAGCGUCGCAUCGAGUGCCGCAACGAGUUGAGCGACGAGGAAAGGCGCGAGCGGGAGGAGGCUGCCGCAGCCGGAGAAGGGCUCGAUGGCGACGACCAGGACGAGCAAGAGGACAAGGAGUCGCAGAGGCAGCGACGGAAGCGCGAGCGCAAGAGUCGCUGGGGCGAGAAGGAGCAACAGUUGCCCACCUCAAGCACUUCGGGCAACUUCGGAAACCAAAACAAGCCAAUGCUAAGCAGCAUUACGCGCACUGAUCCCGCACUGCUCCAGUACGCUCGCCUCAACUACGGCUCCACUCAGCUGACCGAUGAGCAGUGGAAGCAGUGCGAGGAGCACUACAAAGUCAACCUCCUGUAUCAGGACAUGAUGCGCAAGCGCCAGGAGAUCGAUCGGCUGGCCCGCGGCGGGAAGUUCAAGUACGAAUACGACUCCGACGAGGACAUCGAGGGCGGAACGUGGGAGCACAAGUUGCGCACAGCCGAGAUGGAGGCUACUUCGUUGUGGGCCAACGCCCUGACCAAGCAAAGCGAGGGCAAGCACCACAUUGGCGACUUCCUGCCCCCCGAGGAGCUCAAAAAGUUCAUGGAGCAGUACGAGGCGAAGAAGAACAACCGUCAGCCUGAUCUGAGCGACUACAAGGAGUACAAACUGAAAGAGGACAACAUCGGAUUCCAGAUGCUCCAAAAACUCGGCUGGAAGGAGGGUCAGGGCUUGGGACAGGACGGAGCCGGAAUUGUGGACCCCGUCAACAAGGCCCCGCAGCGCGAUGGAAACCAAGGACUCGGCGUGAGCAGUGCUGCCCAGCCAGAGGACUGUGACAACGAAUACGACGCCUACAGGAAGCGUAUGAUGUUGGCGUACCGCUUUCGUCCAAAUCCCUUGAAUAAUCCUCGUCGCGCCUACUACUAGUACUACGUUUUUAGCUCAUCUCUACCCAGAAAACAAAUUAUCCAAGUAACCUCAGACCGCUUAUUAAACCACAAAGUUUUGCUGAAUAAAUGGUCCUUGUUUAAACUCGACAACGGAAACCAGUGUAAUUAAA